CCAUUCAACAAUCAGCGACGAGACAACUGCUACCGGAGCCAGAAUUCCCAGUUUCCCACCACCGCACUAAGUCGCCGGAGAUCCCCCCUUUCCGACCAAGUUAUCAUGGGCAAACACAAACACGAAGCCAACGGAAAGAAGGAACAACUAAAGUGGACGGAAAAUAUGGAUAAUUUUUUCAUACAAGCCAUGAUAGCGCAACAAGAAAACGGCAAUAGGGUUAAUGGCAACUUUACUACACAUGCAUACAACAAUAUGGUUGCGGAGCUGCGCACAAAGCUUCAAAUGGAUUUCACGAAAAAUCAUUUGAAGAAUCGUUUAAAAACUUUGAAGGAGCAUUUUUCGCAGUGGUACGAUAUGUUUCACGGAACGUCGUUGAGUGGGUUCACAUGGAAUUCUAGUACUCAGUUAAUUGAAGCGGAGGAGGAAGUCUGGGAUAAAUUAAUAGAGUCCAAGCCUGAUGCUGCAGCGUGGAAGACGAAGAAAGUCUCAAACUUUAAUAAGAUGUUAGAAUUAUUUUCAAAGGAUAGGGCAACCGGUGCACACGCUGUAACCGCUAAAGAAAGAAACGCCCAAUUGCAGAAGAACGACAACAUUAACGCCGAUACGAAUCUAGACAUGGAAGACUUCUUAGCUGCCAAUGAUGUAACUCUCGAGAGCCAAUACAAUAUCGAUGAUGAUAUUCAAUUGGUAGAUUGUACCGAGCAGUCUUCUAGUGAAAAGAAAAUUAAAAAUAGAAAAAGAAAACUUGGACAAGAAGCUGAAGAUUUUACCUCGAAGCUUAUAAAAAGCCUUGACGAUGUGGCUCUUGCCAUUCGUGAAGGUAAUAAAAUAUUAGAAAGAGUUUAUCAUCGGGAGUAUACAGGUGACGAGAUUUAUAAAGAAUUGGAGCCGAUGGGUUUGGAACCUCAUGAAAUGCCGAUGGCUUUCAAUUAUUUGGUGGAGAAUCAAGCUAAAGCAAGAUCAGUAUUUACUUGUCCGGUUCAUAUUCGGUUGAGUAUACUGAAAUGUAUGAUGGGUUUGAGUUAUAAAGCGAUAUAAGGAUGUAUAACUCGAACCCAUCAUACAUUUCAGUAUACUUGUUUGGUAAAUUUUUGGUAACUUAGUACAUUAUCUAGUAAAUUUUUUCU